UAAUGAUCUACUUUCACUUCAACUAGAUGAGGAAAAUUUGUAGAACUGGGAUGGCCAAAUGAUGAAUGAUGGCAUUACAGUGGAUAUGAAAUAAUAAAAUUAACGAAGAAGAAUAUUAAACAAUAAAAUGUCCAACAAUGAACAGAAGCAUCCAAUUGACUUUGAGCCUCCAGUCACAAGUGAAGACGUAACUGACACUAGUAAAAACACAACAGAGUUGAGUAAUGAAGAUGGGAAAAGUCCGGGAGAGGAUGGAGAAGUAGAGGAAAUAGACUCCUCAGAACUGGUGCUCUCGCACCAGGAGGCCAUGUCAAAAGUGGAGGCUGCUAUUGAUGAUAUUGUCUCAAAAGACCCCCUUUUAUAUGACCUUCCACCUGAGGUGACCUUGGAGGAGAUAAAUUCAUUUAUCGCCCUUGAACAUGGUCAGGCUAUAGUGGUCAACGUCAGAAGAGCUGAUGGAGAAGUCCUAUCUGUGGUAGUGGUUCAGAAUGGCACUGUCCUUGACCUUAAACAUGCCAUUAAACGUCACAUGACCUUGAAGCUUGCUCGCAGUAAAGGAAAGAAGCACAUCAGCUGGAAGUAUAUUUGGAAAAGAUAUUGGCUAUAUUUUGAAGGACAGAAACUCAAUGAAGACAAGAAGCCUCUAAAAGAAUAUGGCAUCAGGAACAGAGAUGAAGUGACAUUUAUAAAAAGACUAAAGGAAAGGUGACAGUGUGGAAAUAUUUUGAAGCAGUCAAGAAAACGGACCCUGUGAACGAUUCACAUCCUUAAUUUCAAGGGGUACAACUCUAGUAUCAGACAAGAGCAGUCCUACAUUCCCUGAACAUUUUGUGUGCCCACCAGUGAAAACACUUUUGUGCUGGUACUGCUGAUAUACAAUGUACAUAUGCAUAGUAUUGUGUAACCUGGAGGGAACCAAUUAAAAAUCCAAAUGUAGAUUAUAUGUAUUACUGUUUGCUUUAUUACUUGAUUU